UACGAUUACUUACAAAAUUUGACGAGCAAGUAUUCGGACGACGAGACUAUAUGGUCGAAAUUAUCUUUGGUUAACACCAGCACGCCCUCGUCGGUAUCGACGGCCACCUGUUCUUGGACACCGGCAUCGGCGUAAGUGGAGUGCACCAAGAGAAACGCUGCAAACGCUGCGUAAAGAAACAUGUCGACUGUUUGAAUCUGGAGGAACGGGCAAACAAAAAAAAUCGUGUAAGUACAAUAAUACCGUUACAAUAAUAAUAAUAAAAAUAAUAAUAAUAAUAAUAAUAAUAAUAAUAAUUAAUAGGUACACCACCUCGUCGACAGUGGUGGCCGUCGCUAAUAUACUUACCGGUGUGUCGCACGUAAACGUUUAAUCGAAUGGAAAAUAAAGAUGUUAAUGUUAACGAGUAUUAGAAUACACGACUUAACAUUAAAAACGAAAUAAUGAUCCGACGAACACAGAAGCGUACGCGUCAACGGGACGUUUGUUCUGAGCGUCUGUGCGAGUAAUGUGUCGGGAAAUGUGCGGUACGUUCCGCCGCUGAUAAAAUUUUGAUGAUGUAAACAAAAUGUUCGUACUGGCUCGUGGUGCCCUAUCAUUGGUCCGCCGGACGCAGUGCACGCACGCACACGUUUUCAAACCAAUAGUUUGUUGUGUACGUCGACGGCCGGAUUUUUAUCUCUUUCUCUGUCCCUCUUAUCUCGCGGGCGACCGGAUUCCGGAUUCCCGGUGCCCGGUGCCCGGACCCGGUCGGCGGCCGUUUUUUUUCCAUUACUGUAAACAUUUUGGCAAAUACGAUGUGAAAUUACUAUUCUGUAAGGGCGUAGAUCCCAUUAAUAUCAUACAAACUCCGAUACAUACAUACAAUUUCCGAACCGAACACUUUUUAACGAAAUAUCGCAUUGCGAUAAUUGCAUACGUGUAAGUACUAUCGAAAUAAUAUUGUAAACGAUUAACGGUUCAUUAGUGUUACGGUAUUGUCUGUGAAAACGUUUCACUGAGCGAUACGAACGUAGCAAUGUACGAUUCGAAUAUUGCAUUAUUGGUAUCGUCGAGUCAUUGACACCGCCGCGUAGGUAUCUAAUCUAAUGGUAGGUAGGUACGACUCGCACCGUACGAGUCAUUGCUUCCGUUGCGCACCGCACCGGUGUCGAACGUUCCCAAUUUUGCCGAAUACCCCGGAAACGUUAGAUAAACCCGUAGGUUGUUGUAAUAUUGUUAUUCCGUGUUAUUUUGACGGAAAAACUUUUUCUAUUAUAUUUAAAAACAUUUUGUUUGAAAAAUAUGUAAAAUAACAAUAAAAUGUAAAAAACAUAAAAUGUCGAUAAUUCUUAUUUAAGCAACUACUUAGAUUCGACUUACGCCAUCAUCAGGUUUCUGAUAAACAAUGUUAUACAAUGGUUUACGUAAACAAUUUAAAAAGGAACAAUAUAAAUGUAUUAAUUUGUUUUUUAAAUGUCCCAGAACGAUCACGCCGGCGCGUGGUUUUGAUGAUGCGGUUUUAUCCUGACGCGCGUUGCUUUAUGCGAAACAGUUUUUCUAUAUUUCCGACGAUUUUUCUUAUCAAAUGCCUAUAUUUGUUAUGUCUAUUGUCCAUCUAUCUGGUUUCUCGCGGUUUUACGCAUAUUCAAAAAGAAUUGCACCUAAUUAAUAACUACUCUGGGUCAGGGCAGGCCAUUCGCUGUUGUAAAAAGGAAAUUGGAAUUAAUAAGGAAUAAGGAUAAUACCGUAACCAGGAGGGAUACGUCGUGUCCCCCUUAAUCAUUUGUUUUAUUGGUUAUUACGGUUAUUUUGGUGUAUUUUUUAAUAUUAAAAAAAAAAUAGAUAAUAAUAGAAAUAUUAUUAGUGAUCCAAGUGAGGAAUUUUUAAAAAAUUACCUCAAUCCAUCAACUAGACCAAAUUUCCGUCAGAAUCUUCCUCUAACGUUGACGAUUAGAAUUGUAUUCAGUGGCAUAAUUCGGGUAUAAUGUCAGGGGUUGCAAAAAAAACUUAGGAUUCAAAGAUCUGUGAAGACUUUCCUCUCACUGCAAAUGUUUCACAAUUUUCCUCUACUUUAAUGUAUUUAUACUAAGUAAUGACUUACAAAUUUAUUGGUUGUUUCAAUUUUUGUUUAAAUAUGUUUUUGCUUUUUAUUACUUAAUAACUAAAAUAUUCCAUAACACAAAAAUCACACAUUAUAAUAUAGAAAAACCAAUAAAUUUUCUUGCUUCGCUCAGAAUUUAAAAACGAUGCAAUUUUAAUGUUUAAAUUUUUUUUACCAGUAAAACAAUUUAUGAUGCAUCAUUUAAUAAUAUAAAUAUUUUCUGAAUUACACCAUGUCUAAGAAAAAUUGUAAUACACCUUGUAUAUACCAUGUGUAUGCACAUUAUAAUACAAUUGAUUGUAAUAAUCAAUUGCUCAUUACAUGAAAAUGUCAGGCCUCUGUGAAUAAUUUCAUUUCAUACAAUUUCCAUUUCGUUGUCCCGUUGAAUCAAAAAUUAGCUACAAAAUACAAAAUUUACUGUCACAAAAACCGACAUUGCGUAAAUAUGUUCCCUUUUUUCCGACGUUUAUUUUUUUGGUAAUUUCUUUUAUAAAGAAUAUCAAAAACUGAACAAAAUAAUUACCUAUACCUAUACUUGCAUAUAUUCACUAUUUAGCAGUAAGUACCUAUAUAGGUACUAUACUUACGUUUCGUCUCAAAUUGUUAAAAUGAAAAUUUUUUUAAUCCGUUUAUUAAUGCGUUUGGUCAAAAAAAAAUAUACAUAUAUACUUAUUGUAUCCGGUGACAUCCGGUAUCUCAAAACAUUGAAUAUAUUAUAUAGUUUUUUCUUUUUAAAGCAAUUCCAAAUACUAUGUAUUUUAUGGAACAUCUUGUAUAAUUUGUUUUAUUUUCUCAAUUAGCUUAUAUACUAAGUUACCCGUUUAAAUGCAAUUAUAUAACCAUGAACCUAUUUUGGGUAACGUGCCAAAAAAUUGUAUGCGAUUUUUUUAUUAUUAUUAUUAUUAUUAUUAUUUUUUUUUUUUUAUAUAAACCUAACAUGCUCUCAAAUAUACUUAAUAUUUACUAAAUCAAAUGGGGAGAAAUGUGUAAUUCAUGUUUGCAUUAUACUAUAAACCAAACAUAAUAAGUAGUUAUUACCUAUAUAACUUUAAGAAAUCCAAGUAUACACUUUAGAUUUACGGUUUCGAAUUUGUUUUUUGUUAAAUUAAGAUAAAUGAAAUUCGAUUAUAUACCGUAUUACUUUACUAGUACUUCCCAUGUCAAUAUAUUCUAAUUUUACUCAUGUUUUAAAAUAUAAUAUAUGUCAUUGUGGGUUAUCUAAUUGCAGAUAUCAACAUCCCUGAAAAAUUUUAAAUCUAUAAUUUACAUUUUUAUUUGUAGGUAUCUAGAAUCAGAGUCCAAGGAGUAAAAACUUGUAGGAAAAUUGAUUUUUUCGUGUAGUAUUUUAGAUUUUGUAUAUAUUUUAGUAUCUCAUUUUAGACAUAGAUACAUUAAUCAAACUAAUAAUUGAAAUACUUUUUAUACUACUCAUUUUGUGCGUUUUGUAAAUUUUUUUAUUGUUUUAAUUUUAUUUAGGUCAUCAUUUUUUUACAUACCGGGUGAUUAAUCUAAGUGGAUACACUCAUUAUCUCGUCAACAGAUCGACGGAAAUCAAGAAUUUCAACACUAAAAUUUAUUUUAAUUAAUACUCCAACUAUUUUUGGACUUUUUAAUAUAGGUUGCAAUUUGAAAACCAAAAGUAGAUAGUGGUUUUACCCCUAAAAUAAUACUGACAACAAAUAACAUAAAUAUAAAACUGUAGAGCAACUUGUUUCAUAAAUGUUCUAGAAAACAAAUUCCGGAAAAAUUUAAUCCCUUCCGAGAUAGUAAGUGUGCUCACUUAAAUGGAUCAUCUGGUAGAUAACUAAAAUUGAUAUUAUUAAAAAAUGCACAUACAAUUAAAUAUUUCAAGGCAUUUUACUACAUUCUCUAAAUCAAAUUGACAUAUUAUUUUUUAACGAUUUAAAUUCAUAAAUUACAUUGGGAGGUGGAGGAGUUCUGUGAGUUAGUCUCUCAGCUAUAUUACGUUCUUAUACCUACAUUAUAAUUGAAUAUGUAUAAAACUAUUUAUUUAUUAAUAAUAAUCAUCUACCUACUUGUUAAAUAGUAUAUAUAAUGUGCAAAGACCCUCAAAAAUAUUAUUAAUACUUACAAUGUUUGUCAGUAUGUAAGUUUGUGUUUAUAAUGAAUAUUUAAUUUAAAACUUUUUUUCGUGAUUGGUCGUAUAUGUUGUUCAUUUAAAACUAAAAUAAUUUGAAUAAAUAUAUAAAAAAUAAAAUAAAAUUACAUCUUUAUUGGUAAUAUUGGUAUUAUUUAAAUUUUUAAUAACACUGGUUAUAAAUAACCGUUGAAAUCAACGCUGAUAAAUAUAAACCUCGCUAGUCAAAACAAUUACAAAUAGGCAAACUAAUAGUGCAAAUUCUAACAGAUUCUAAUAGUAUACAGUAUUCAUUCUUUACAUAGAUAACUUUAUUGUUCAAUUAGAAGGUUUAUAGCACACAGACAUAUUUCUAAAGUUUUUUUUAAUCAAUAUAAUAAUUUAAUAAUUUUUAAUUAUUAUUGGUUUUGUUAUAAUUAACAAAGUUUACGUUUUCAUUAGUACUGGAUCGAUUUUGUUUUAAAAUAAAAUGUUUAAUUGAAAACGAACCUGAGUCAUUUCAAAAUCUUAUUGAAUUUUGUUCACCACAUAAUUAGAAAACAUUUCAGCAGAACUAAAUAUUUGGUGCACAUAAUUGUUAAAAAAUAAUGAAAUGCUCAAAAUUGGCAUAGAUGCUCCUUAAAUCUGUAGUUCCUCUAUUUAGCCUGAUUUUAAACAAACUUAUUAAGAUUUUAUGUACAUUUCUAAACUUAACUCAACAUUAAUCAAAUUUAAUUUUAGAAUGGACAUUUUUAAUAUUAAAGAGAGUGAAAGCAUACCUAAUAAAUGUAAUAAUUUAUAUAAACAUUUAAAAGUGUUUAUAUUUUAUUUUAGAAACAUUUAUAUGGAUUAACUUUGUUGAAUGUUAACUAAAAUGAUAAUAUUACACCAGAUAAAGUUAUAGAUAAAUUAUCAAAAAAAACUUCUACUAUAAUUUUAUAAUUAAAUUAAAUUUAAAUAUUUAAAUAUUUAAACGUUUAUUUAACAUUGUAUGACGAAAAAAAUUCUUAAAAAAUCUUAAUUACAGACCUAAUAACUCCUAAAAUAAUUAAAUAUGAAUGUAUUGUAUUUAAUACUAUUAUUAUAACAAAAUAUGAUUCAUGCCCCCGCCCAAAAGAGUGAUAAAUAAUACAUCAAUAAUACAUUUUUUCUCUCAUAAGAAAACGCAAAGCAUGUCACUGAACGUAUUUCAAACAAUUUUUUUUUAAUUUCAAACGGUUUUUUUUAAAUACUCCUUAAUUUUGUUCUAUAUUUUUUAAAUACAAUUUAAAGUGUACACUGUGCAGGGUAUCAAUGGGAAAUAAUAAUUUUAAAUAAAUGUAGAUACAUAUACGAGAGCUUAUAGACACAUAUUUAUGUAUCUCUACCUAUAAUCAUAAGUAAAUUUAAAUAAAUUAGCAAUACUGAUAAUACGGACACGUACGGAAGACAAUAAAACAAAAGGUAUAAUGAACUUGACCGAAUUUCAUAGACGAUGACCAUAAUAACCACAUUAUAAAAUAAUUCCUGAACGUAUAUUUAUAUAUAAUUAUUGGCAUUAGUUUAACAGAUUUCUAUUCUCUUUACAUUAUUUGUGUGUUGUACAUAAUAGUACCUAAUUAUUAAUUGUAUCAUCUACUUGAAUACAUUUAUUUCGUCCUGUCAUAAAGGUAUUUUGAUUAAUCGAUGCACAUAAAACAUGAUGGAUAAUACCACAGUGGAAGCAAAAACUUAUACUUUACAAUCGGAAAUAUACCGAGAAAUGAACGCUGACGAGGAACAUAGUGUUGACGCCGAUGAUGAUACUUUCGUCAUAAAAAGUAAGUUGUAUUUAUUUCAAUAAUAAUAAUAAUAAAAAUUCGAAUAAAAUACAUAAUAUAUAUUUUAAUACCUAUAUCAUUGAUUAAAAUAAAUACUAUUAUAUUUGUAUUAAAAUCUAUUUUAUCUAUAUUGUCACAAUUAAUUUUUUCAACUACUGUAAGUUGAAUUACGAGUAUCUGCAUGCAGGGAAUCAACCAAGUUUUUAACCUGAUACGAAAAUCAGAAACCUGAAUAAUGCAUGAAUCAGGUCUAUCUUUAUAUUUUAUAGCAUUGUUACUCCAUUUUAAUAAUUUCAGUACAGCUUAAAAGUAAGGUUGAUAUGAAAAUGUCUAGGUAAUUAAAAUUUACUGUUCUUCUUGUACCAUAAUAAGAAAUAUGGUCAUUGUUAGUCGAUAGACCGACUUUUUAUGUAACUGCAUGUAUUAACUGAGACUAAGUAGGUAUACAACUUUAAUUUUGUAAGCUUUCUAUACGAAAUAUAGCCCUUUCCGAUACUUUAAAAACAAUAUUAUGUUUUAAUUCGUAACCGAAACCCGUUAAAACAUAAAACACGGUUUUAAUCCCAUACUCAAAAAAAUGAAAUAAAAUUAAUGACUAUCUGCAUGUGUAUAAUAUAAUAUAUUAUUAUACCUAAAUAUAGAGAAAUAAAAAAUGUUAAUUAUAUAUUUACAUAAAAUUUUUUUGGUAGGUUAUAGCAUCUAGUAGAUAUUAAUUGUGAUAGUAUUUAGAUCAUCUAUUGGUAUCAAUAGGUUCAUAGCGAAUAUUAUAAUAUCCCAUUUUGAAUGAUUUAUAGUUUAAUUUAUACGAAUAAAACAUUCUCUCGUGAGUACAUAAUACAGGAAAUUUGUAUUAUGCUUGUACUCUUUAUCCAACUGUUUAAAUACGAAUUAUAAUAUAUAUAUAUAGGCUUUCGAAAUGUUACCUACUUUUACAUAUAAACUUUUUUUUAAUUUAUCGUAAUUUAAAAUUGUUGUUGUAAUAUAUAGGUUUAGACUACAUUGUACCUACAAAUUAUUAUAAAAAAUAUGAUUGUAUAAAAGCCUUACAGGAAUGAAAAAUUGCGCAUUUUAGGUAAUGGCAUACCUAGUCCUAAAGAACGUGUUUAUCCGUUAAAAAAAAAUUACAAGUGCAUAGCUUCAUUGUUCGAUAUUUACAGAAAUAUGUAUAAUAAUGUAAUAUUACUUAUAAGUUUUGAGGCAAACACGUCUACAAGACGGAAUGAGAUUUUUGGAACACACUUAUAAAUUGUACUCGAAACUCAAAUCAAUAAUCAUCGGUCACACAUGAUUUACAUUCAGCAUACAAAUAUAUAUUUUUUAAAACACAUCCUUUUUAAUACCAGUUAUUUUCUUCUCAUAUCUAUAUACUAUAGUCAGCAAGUCAAAAUUAUUUCGUCGUUUCAUUAUUAUUUUUUAAUUGUAAAAAUAUUGAAGAUUGUAAAUAAUGUACCAUAUAAUUAUUAUAAUCUUCAAUCUACAUUCAUUUGCAUACAUUUUUAAAUAGAAAUAUUUAUAUAAUAAAAAUUUUUCCGAAGCUGAUUAAAAACAGAGCUAACCUACUAAAAAUAUAUAUAUAUAUUUACGCGGCUAAACUUAUUUUACCAUGGAUUAUAGGCUUCGAAUGCUUCGAUUUUCCUGUAUACAGUGGCAUCAAAUUGUUUCAAAACUACUAUGACAAUAUAAAUUAAACUAACAUCCACUACUAUGAAUUAUAUAGUAAUAAAAUAUAAUUUAAUAGUGUAGACUUUUAUUUAGGUAUCCUAAAAUUAUUCUUAAUUUACAAUAAAAAUAAUAAAUAACAAUGUUAAAAAGUGCCCAUUAUUUAGAUUGUCCUGUAUUUAGAGAUUUUCCUAUACAUUAAUAGUGAAAAUGUCCCCGUUCCCGAAAAAACGUCCACUAUUUGGAAGUGUCCGCUAUUUAGAGGAUCACUGUAUAUUAUUAUAAUUGUCUAGAAAAGGAAAAUAUAAGUUUUCUGUCUAAACUUGAAGUCUCUACAAAUAUUGUUAACUGAAUCAAAACAAAAAAUUUAAAACUUAAUAUAUUUCGUAAAUUUUCCCAUUUUUCCUUUGUUUUUCUUAUGUUUUUUUCCGGAUUUUUCCAUUUAUUAUGAAAACAGUUGGGUAAAUCAAAAAAAUGACCUAAAAGUACCAUCCCAGUCAAAUUUCUUUUCAGGAAGAAUAUAGAAAAAAAAAAUAAACAUCAUUGUAAAAUCAAUACGUUCCUCACUCCACUCAGAAUCUAAAAAUGUCGUUAGGGAGAUGGAUAUUAGUUUAAUUUAUGUUUCUAUAGUAUUUUUAAAUUAUGCUGUACAUGACAUUACAUUAUUAUAUUAUCCGUCCAGUCGUUGAAAUGUUAUCACGUCGAUGAAAUGUUUUAACUUUAAGAUGUAUUUAAUUAAUGUGAAAAUAAAAUAAAUACAAUUUAUUUAAUUAAUUAAUUUAAUAAAAAUACAAUUUCUACCUUUAAAUAAUUGACACCUCUGAAUAGUGGACAAAAUUUCAGUGAUUGAGAGUUUCCGGUAUUUAGAGGUUUUACUGUAAUUAUAAUAAAAGGCUCAUUGUAAGUCGUACUUAGUGUUAAUGAGUUGGAUAUAGUAUUUAUUUUUUUUUUUGUUUUUAUAAGAAUUUUGACGAAAAUCAUAAAUAAUAUGGCUUUUCAUAACAUGUAUAACUGAACUUCGCUCAAAACAUUGGUGCACAUUCAAUUUAAAACUUGGGAGUGUUUAUAAUUAUUUAAGAUAAAGUAUCACGGGAGGGGGGCUUUCCCCCCCAUCAUAUUCGAAAUAAAAUUAUAUAUUAAUUACACAUUAAAUAAACAAAAUUGAAAUAAUGAGAUCCGAUUUUCAAUAAUGAAUCUCAUUGCCUAAUAAAUAACCAACAAAGGAUAGGUACCUACUUAAAAAUAUAAAAACAAUUAAUUUAAACUUACAUAUUUACUAAUAUGUAUUUUUACUAAUGCCCUCCAAGGCGUAUAAUUAUCAAAUAAAUAAAUAAAUAUAAAUAUUAUACAAUAUUGAUUAUUAAUACAUAAUUCAUAAUAUAAAUCAAUACACAAUAGUAUAAUAGUAAUUACUCUCAUAUCUAUUUGAGUGUUAUAUUUAUUUUAAUUAGCUCAAAAUCUGAGGGUGCCAAGCACCCCCUGGUGCCCCUGUAUGUGCACCAAUGGCUCCGAAUCGUUUUUCGUUAACUAUGAUUAAUCGUUACAUACAGUUAUAAAUUAAAUUCCCCUCUAUAUCCCACUUUUUCAACUUCUCUCCCUACAACAGUGGCCCAUUCAUCGUGCGAAGUUUGUCUGUUUUUUAAUUAUUAGAAUGACACAAAUUUUGAUUUUACCUAUACAGCUACACGCAUAUAUAUAUAGGUACUUAAAGGAUGCUUAGUUUAUUCUCAUAUUAUUGUAAGCCCAGUAUUAACUUUCACAUAGGUAUUAUACUGUAAACCUGCAUUAUUGACUUUCACUGCAUGAGUAGGUACCAGUAUAAAUGUCGUGUACAUCACUAUACUAUAGUUGUUACUUUUAUUUUAUUAUUAUGGUAAUUUAUUGAAGUUGCCAUUUGAUAUUAUUCGAGUUUUAUACAAAUUUCAAAUAGGAUAACUUACUAACAAAAUAUAAUAAAUUAUUCACUAGUUUUAUUUUAUACUGGAUUUCGGAUCUGAUCCGGAUUAUAGAAGAUGUAACGUAUAGUUUUAAACAGAACCAGCCAUAUGACGUGGUAUUGUCAUAUUAAGUGGUGAUACAGUGACAUAGAACACCGUUGUCAAUACAAAACACGUACAAUUUCAAUUGUAAAUUAUACUAUUAGAGGUAUAUAAUAAAUAAUAAUAUGAGCAGCAUUUAAAAAUAAAUCACAUAUUUUAGAUCUUUAUUAUACGGAUUGGUAAUUUCAAUCUGGAUUGAUACUUAUAAUCUGGACUGGUAUUUUCAUUCCGGAUUAAAGGGAUUGUACCAUUUGUUUUAAUCCGGAUUUGGUGUUCAGCACUGUACUAUAAUAUAGUAUAGUUCUGGGUGACUGCGUACCAUCGUCUAUUUUUCAAAAGGUAUUAUAUGCUAUAAUUGACAGAUACGUUAUAAUGUAUGACUUAUAAGUAUACAAUAUACAUCGUAUACUCUCCAAAACACUACUGCUAAUCCAUUAGCUUUUUAAGAUCAUAUUUAAUUAAUAAUUUAAUUUCCAUCUCCAACUAUUUAUCUUUUAAACAAUAAAAACUAAAUAAUGCCAAUGGAUCUAAUUCACGUAAUUUCAGCUUGACGUACUUACUCCUUUGUACAGUAGUAGCCUGGCUAGAACCUGAGGUUUUUUUAAUAUAUUUUUACAAUACUUAUAGGUUAUUAUUAAUUUUAAGCAGGGCCCUCACAAAGCGGGGUAAAUAAGACUAUUUUCCUGUGGCCCAAACAAUUAAACCUCUGUGUAAAUAAUUACAUAAAUCAAUAAAUAAAUUUUCAAAAAUUGACUUGGUACCUAUAUAAAAUAUUUUCGUAGUUAGAAUUUUAAUAAAGUUAAUGAUUUAUUUUUAAUCAAUAUUCAACACAAAAAUGCUAUAAAUAAGGGGAUUAUAAAUAUGUAAAUUUUAAUAGUAAAUUGCAAUUUAAUUAUGGCCUUUCGGUACAGAGGCCACACAUUUAAUGCUGGGGCCUGUUUAUAUUGCGUGCAAUGCUUAGGUACAAUAAAUUAUAAUUAUUAAUUUAUAAGACAACAAUCUAAAUAAACGCGUAUACGCAUGAACUAUAAUAUUAUAAUAAAGUAAAAGUACCUAUUGUUUAAAGUUUUUAUAGUUAUUUUAAAAUUCAUCAAAAUGUAUAGACAACGAUUUUUUUUCCAGAAAAAUAAUUUAGAGCAAUAAUACAAAUAAGCGUUUUAUGUUUUUUUUAGAUGUUAGGAGUGUAUUCAGAUUUAAAUGCCAAUCAAUGCAACCUCCUAAUUCAGAUCACUUUUCCGUAGACGAAGAUGGCGAUCUAAUAGUGCUCAGAAGUCCAUUUUCCAAAGCUAUCGUUAUUGGUAAAUGUAAAUUAUUUAUUUAUAACAUUAAAUUAAACUAUACAUAUUAAAUAUAUAUUUUUUAUUUGAAUAUUUAAUUUCAAUAACUAUACUUAAUACUUUUAGAACAUAUAAAUCGAACUUCGUUAAAUAUGGUCGGUAUGCAAGUAUGGCGCAGUGCACUAUUAAUGGGCGACUUCAUAAUGGGAAAUAAAAAUAUUUUUUCCGGCGAUCAAGUGAUCCUGGAACUCGGCUCUGGAGUGGGAUUGACUGGAAUCGUAGCUGCCAUGUAUUGUAAAGAGGUAGUCUUUACAGGUAAGUAAUAAGUAUACCUAAAAGAAAAAAGAUGGACAUACUUCGCACGUAGGUUAAGUUGGGAAGUAGGAUGCUCCAAAAGCGAAUAUAAUAUAGGUAUAACGAUAAACCAUUAAUAUAAACGAAAUAACGAUUCUGAGCGGAGUUCAAUUGAUAGUAAUACUUGGUUAACUUAAUAUGUCAUAUUAUGGUAAAAUAAUUAAAUAGGCAUUAUAUAUUUUCUUAGUAAUAUUUGUUUAAUACUGUAUCGAUUUUCCCGUUUUUUUUUUCAGGUUUUCCAAUGUUUUUCCUGUUUUUCCCAUUUGUUGAUGAAACUUCUGGAAAAAUUGAAAAAUAAUCUAUCUAAAGUAUCUCUCUAAUCAGAUUUCUUUUUAGAAAAAGUGCUAUCGGAGUAAAUUUGCUGAUAGAAAAGUUGUCUUCAGAAAAAAAAAAUCGUAAUAUUUUACUAAUAUAUUUUGUACAUUUUCCAGUUUUUCCUCCGUUUUUUUGUUUUCGGUUUUUUACGUUUGAUGAGAAAACUCUUGAGGAAAUUGAAAAAUAAUCUUCUUAGAGUACUACCCCAAAAAAAUUUCCUUUCACAAAAUUAUCUACAUCGUAAAAAAUCUGGUAGAAAAAGUGCUUACAUAAAAAAAAAAUUAAAAAUUAAAAAAAAGUAAACAUCUUUGUAAAAUCAAUACAUUAUUCGGCACAUUUAGAAUCUAAAAUAUGUGCUUGGUGUAGUAUAAUAUAUAUAGUGUAAACCAAUAGGUGUGUGCAGAAUUUGUUUGCAGGGUUGUGUAAGAUUAUUUUUUCAAGAUCUUUUUUUUUAUUUUUAUAAAUUAAUAUUUAUAAAAGUCACUAUACGCGCUCUUGAGAGAGUUAAUAUUACUUAUCAAAGCGGUAGGUGAUCUCUUAAACGUGAUCAUGACGUAUUAAUGAAUAUUAUUUUUUUAAGUUUUAAACAAUAAUUUUCGCUUUAACCAUAUCAAUUGAAAAAUGCAUAUUAUAAAUAAUGUAAUAGGUAUAUACUUACUUAAAUUUAAGUAUCUCUACCAAAGCCACAAUUAUAAGGUUAAAUUAUAGUGUUGAAUUGAAUGAUUUAUUUAGACCAAACACAUUUUAUAUCUGUUGAUGAUAUUUUCUCAAAUUCCAAAACUUUUUUUAUUAUGAACAUACUGGAAAUAUGUCCACUAUCCACUAGAAUAUACAUUUUUUUCUAACAUAUUAUAAAUGUAUACUUUUUUUGUCAAUUUAAGAAAUAAGCAGCUUUAAAAUGUUACUUUACCAUUUUUUUUUAUCACUGUUACUUUUGGAUGUCAACAGUAUCAUUUGUGUAGCGGCAUGGGAUGCAGUGUUUUGCUCCACUACAACUCUCCCCCUACCCAAAUAUAAAAAUGGAAUAUCUCGUCAACGAGUUUACGAAAAUCAAAAAUUUUAAUGUCAACAUUUAUUUAAAUGAAUACUCCAUCAAUUUAUGAAAAUUUUAAUAUAGAUUUCCAUUUGAUAAUCAAAAUUAGGUAGUCAUUUCGCUUUAAAAAUAAUGUUAAUAUAAUAUUUUGAAGCUUUUUGUUUUUUAAAUUAUCAAAACAAAUUUUCUAGAAAAUAAAUUCUGGAAAAAGUUAAUACUUUCCAAGAUAAUGAGUGUAUCCACUUACAUAGAUCGUCUUCUGUACUUAUAAUUAAAUACAGCCAAUAACUACUACUCAAUCAUUUAUUUAUUUAUAUUGUUUACGGACUUGGCCCCAGUUUGUAUAUACCAAUACAUUUUUAAUUAGUUUAUAUGAUUAUUGAUUAUAGAGUAUAUUAAUAAUAUUAUGAGGACGUUUUUAUUUUCACUGGUUUCAUUACCUUACACAGUUGAGUGGCUCAUUUACUAAAUAGUUAGUUAAACAGUACGAAAUGGAGAAAAUAUGUGAUUUGACAAGUGAGACGUUAGGGUUCUUUAAAGUUAGUAAAUCAGAAGAGUGACAAGGAAUCAAUUUUUGAGAUGAUGAGGUAUUUAAGAAAGGUUAAGUUACAGGAGUGUCGAUUGUCACAACGUGAGGCUAGGUUAUGUAUAUUAAGUAGGUAUAGGUAUACCUAUUUAGUUAUUUAGCAAAGCUAAGAAAUUUUCUCUGAACUCACUCGAGUUGACGACGGGUAUUUAGGAGCGGAGUGGGAACAAAAUUCAGGCUGGGAGAUUGAAAUGUAACCACGCCAUUCAAUAAAAUACAUACCAAAUGGCAUUUUCUUAUUACGCUUGAUUUCAGUCUUUUAAUUUGAACCCACAAUACUACAUUUUCAAUAAUAAUGUAUUAUGUAUAUACAAAAUAAAGUUUAGUUAAAUAAUUUUAUUAUUAAAUUUAGCUUUUAAUGCAUAGUUAAAAAUAAUUUCAAACUAUAUUUGUUGAAUUAGAUAAUUUAACUUUAGUUGUAAUAAGAAACCUUAGGAAUAAAAUCAGUUCACAGUUUAUUAUUGUGAUAUUCAUAGUAAAUGGUUUACAUGGCUGUACUUAAUGAAUUUUAAGCAUGAAGCAUUUAAGCGAAAAUGGUUUCAAGUAGAAAAUGUUGUCUUGUUAGUGCAAAAGAAAGGUAAUUUUUUUAUUUACCUUACUUUUCUUAAUAAUGUGGGAAAACCAAAAAAUCAUAUUAUUAUUCUAUAAUACUAAUUUAUAUUUUAUAAAUUAUCCCGUUUUGAGUUAAUUUUACAAAAAAAUCAGUUGAUAUAGUCUUCUUUUAUACAAAUUGAAUUAUGAUGAAUUUAAAAAAGAUAAGUAAGUCGAUAAAUAAAUUGUUAGUAUUUUAAUUUUUAAUAUUUUCAAUCUUAAUAUUGUAUAAUAAUAGUGUAUAUUCAAUACUUUUGUAAAUUUCAAUAUCUAUUACCCAGUCAUUUUUUUUUUCCAUUCCUUCAUUUGGUUUAUCAAUAUUGUAACCCUUUUAUUUUUCUAUUUCUAGCUAGUCGACGCAUGCUACUGUUUUUGUUUUUGUUUUAAUUAAUGUUUAUUAUAGUUUUUUAAUAUUUUGAAACUUUGUAUUCAAUGCUUACUCAUAUAUUGUAUUCAAAAUGAUAGGUACGUUAAUAAUGGUAUAAUAUUUGAUCAGUUUAUCGAAAUAAUACAAAAAAAUAUUUACUAAAUUUUUAAAUAAUACGGGUAAGAAUUAUAUUACCCAUACAAAAUGAUCAGGCUACCAGGCCAUAAUAUGGUCCAGGCCAUCUGGAAAAUUCCCAUUUCCAAACCAGCCAUUCCGCCCAUAACGGGUAUUAUACCCUGGGUAUACCUUGUGGGUCCAAAACUGAUACAUUAGUUUUGAUUCAUUGAUUUCUGGGUGACUGGCUAAAAGGGAAAUUAAUACUACAGCUAUUUUUAUGUAUCUUUAAAGUACCUUAUUAUUAUUGAUUUUAACGAAAAUUUUAUUUAACAAAUUAAAAACUGCAAUUAUAAUAUUAUAAUAGUGUAAGAAUAAAAAUAAUACGAAACAUUUCGGUUUGAAUACCCCGUUAGUAAACAUGUUAUUUAGCAUACUCGGUUAAAUUUGAGUAAGAUGAUAUUUAUAUAUAUUUAUUUAUUUAUUUAUUUAUUUACCUAACUAUAUUUAAAAUACAAUUUUAUUUUUUUUUCUAGAUAUUGAUAAUACAAAUAUAUUAUCGAUGAUCGAAAAAAAUAUACGAUUAAAUAGAGAUUUAAUCGUCAGUCGGACAACAGUGAUGCCAUUGGACUUCGGUGAACCUGAAUUAUCUGACGUAUUAUGGACCAAGUUGCGAGAUGUAAACAUUAUUAUAGCUGCAGACGGUUUGUUUGAUACAUUAUUUUUUAUACCUAUUCACACAGAUAGAUUUAAAAUAAAAUAUAAUUAACCAUAGACGCUACUAGGGGGUCUUAAGCACCCCCAAAUUUAAAAUUAGCUCCCUCAAAAAUAUCCAUAUACAUUUUGCACAUUAUUUACACAAAUACAUUUUUUUAUAAUAUUGACUAAAUAUUAAUUCAUGUAUUUUAUAAUUAAUAAGCACAACAAAAUACCAAUUACCUACAGAUAACCAUAUAUAUGUAUACAAAAUAAAAUUAAAAAUGUUACGAUACAUUUUUAUACAAAAAAUUGUAAAUAAAAUGUGUAAUUGCAUAUUAUAGGUGUCGUGUAAAGAGAAUUGUUGAGGUGAUUACCCCCUUGAUGUGUCCAUAAUUUUAGCACCCCUAAAGAUGGUAUGGUCUAGUUGCGCCUAUGCAAUUAACAAUAAUAACUAUGCUCGAAUUGGGAAUAAUGAAGUAGAGGAGCUCAAUCCAACAAUUUAAAAACUGCGUUCCAAGUGCACAAUCACUUAACACAGACCCGUGAGGGGCUUUGCCUUACCAGCAUUCUGAAUACUACUUUUCAGCAACAAAUAUUAAAAUUCCAAAUAUAUUUUGAUAACAAUACCUACAUCCUAAAUGUUGUAGUAGAAAAUAAAAAAAUAAUAAUCAACAUUGUAUCAUUGUAACGGACUCGUAUUCCUAUUUCCUAGGCUAUAAACUACAUACCAACUAAAGAGUAACGACUAGGUUACGACUGAAAAGUUAUUAUGACUUUAUGAAUAAAAAUGAAUUGAAAUUCAAAUACGAUGCGAAAUCGAAAAAUUCAAAAUCACCGAUAAAUGAUAACCAUAAAGCCAUGUGUAUUUAACUAUCGUGUGCCUUUGUUUUCUAUAUUCACAUUCUUUGUUCUAUGAACGCUAGUGUUCAUGGUUUAUACCAAUGAUACCAAAUUCCUUAUUAAUUAUAUGAAUAUUGAACCCCGAUGAUAAUAUUUUACCUUUUUUUUUUUUAGAUAUCGCUUUUUUGCGGAUAAUGUAUGUAACCACCAUAUAGUAAUUACUCUAUGGUCACCACAUGGUCAAAAGUUUAGUUGAAUAAAUUCAACUAUGCGGUUAUAUAGGACCAUAGAAAAGAUGAUAGUAUCAAACUAAUAUCAAAAAUAAUUUUAAAACUAAAAAUAGUAAAAUUUGUAAUACAAUUGAAAUUCACAUUUUAAUAAAAAUUAUUUCGGACAUUAGUUUGUGCCGUCCUCCCGUUCCAGUAAAAAAAUAUAGUUGGGGAGGCAAAAAAAUUAAAAAAAUAGUUGAGGAGCUCCGUCCCUCUGCGCACCCUCCCCCCAAUUCGAGCACUGAAUAAUAGUAUGAACAGUAUUAAUGUAUUAUAGAUUAGCUGGACCCGCUAGAGUCCCUAAAAUCUUAUUAAAUAUAUCUGAAAUAUUUUCUAUUUUAAUUAUUAUGUUUUGUUAUUUACCGUAAUUAACAUAGAAAGGUUAUUUUUAAUUCUGAGCGUAGUGAGGAAUGUAUUGGUUUUACUAUGAUGUGUUUUUUUAAAUGUGUAUACAUUUUUUUGUUGUCUAUAAACAAUUUAAGGUCUAGUUGGUUAGAAAAAAAGUCGUAUUUUGAUUUUCCAAGGUGUUUUCAUGAUUGAGAAACAAAAUUAUAGAAAGUUUACGGCAUUAAUUAAUGAUUUUUUUUAUUUUCGGUUGUAAUUCGAUUAAAAACUAGUGACCUGAUAUUUUUACUGAAUAUUCAUUAUUUAUACUAAUAUGAGUAGUCAUUAAUAGAUGUGGUGAAAUUUUCAAAAUAUUCUGGUGAUUAUUGAGCUAUUUAUUGGCAUAUUACAUUUUCGAGAUUUUUACGUACCUAGUUUUUGUUUGGUUAAUACUAUGGUGAUAAAUUAAUUUGAUCAAAAAGAAAUGUUUAAAAAUUUACACGAUUUUCAUUAUAUGUUAAAAGUGGUAAAUAAAAAAAAAAGUAGAGUGUAAUGUAUUUGUAUGUGUACAAUUUUGUUUUAUAAGAUUUUUAAAUUCAAAACAUGUAAGUAAACGGAACUUCGCUCAAAAUCAUUGUUUUUUAUCAUUGUUUUUUAUCAUUGUUUUAUCAUUUUUUAUAAAUAUAAACUCAAUAUUAUUAUAUAUCUUACAAUUUAGGAUACAAAUUUAGGAUUUAUACAACCAACUUUCCACCUACAACAGUAACAAACAUAUAAGCAGUAUGUAAGCUCUUUAUUUUUAAAUUUGUAUAUUCCGUAUAUUCCAUUUAUUCAUGUUCUAAGUUGAAAUCAUGAGUUACCAAAGAUAACAUUUCUCUAAUGAAAUUUUAUUUUUAAUUAAUAUUCAUUUUAAUUAUCUUAAUUCAUUACCUAUUACUAUGUUUAUACUUUAUUAUUGUUUAUUGUUUUACCUAUUAAUAUUAAUAUAUUUGUAUUUGCCGGAGGCAUAUGCUAAUAUAGUCGAGUUCAACAAAUUCAAACGUGUGAUUAGAACUGAUAAUAAGAAAUCGAAAUUUAAAAAUCCAGUGUCGCAUCUCAAUUUUUUGGCUAUGAUUUUCAAAAUGUGACAUUUCUGCGAUACUUUGCUUACAACCCAUCAUCAUAACCACCAAACAUUUUAGAAAUAAAUCUGUGAAGUGAUCUGCACUAGCCAUCACUAUAGGUUUAACUACUUAUAAAUAGGAAUAUAGAAGUAUAUACCUACAUUUUAAUCGAUUUAUUUUACUUCAAGUCCAGGUCUCAAUCAUAAUGUUUCUACCUAAUGCAUAUUUUAUAGUCAUAAUUGCAUAAUUAAAUUCUAUGAAGUUUUUUGUGACAAUGGAACAUAAUAUAAUAGGUAUACCGGUAAAAUAUAUUUGUUUUUUUGUUUUUUAGUGAUUUACGAUAAUGAAAUAACUAAACAAUUAGUUAAUACCUUAAAAAAAAUAAUGGCAGUGUCUCCAAUGAAAACCGCUUACAUAGGAAUGGAAAAAAGGUACGAAAAUAACAUUUUCAUAUUUUUUUUAUAUCAUAUUUUAAAAGUAACAAAUGAUUGCAUUUACCUAUCUUAUUGUUAUAUCAGGUACGUGUUUAGUUCGGUGGAUUUGGACGUGUGCGCACCUUCCUAUGAAUACUUCUGUGAUUUGCUAAAGCAAAAUAAUUGGUUUCAGGUAGAAAUAUUAGAUUGUAAUUUUUCGCAAUACUUUCAAUACAACAAAGUCAAAGAAUUAGUUAUACUCAAAUUAACCACCAACCAUUCCAUGUAAAGUAUACAAUAAAUGAUUAAUGUAAAAUGUGUAAAAAUAAUAAAUACACAAAUACUGUAU